AUGUCCAACGAUUAUAUAGUCGACGCCUCGCAGAAACGGAAACGUAAGCAUGGCCACCAGAAACCCGGAAACCUGGCCAUGAUGUCCGGCGCUCUUCCUGCGCCUGAUACGGAGGUCGAUGCCGAUGCAGAGACAAACGAGGCGCAACUGCGCAAGAAAGCAAAGAAGGAGCACAAGAUGCGCAAAACUACGGAAGGAGCCGUCGAGGCGCCGCAUGUAGUCGAGGAUGAGGAGCAGCCAAAGGCGAAAAAGUCCAAGCAAGAGAAGGAGGAGCGGAGGGCGAGGAAAGAGCAAAAGCGGAAAGAAAAGGCGCAAGCAGCCGCGGCGAGCGAAGAUGCGGAAGCUGAAGCGCAAGUUAGCCAGGAGUUGGAAGAAGCAGUGGUCGCUGGGGAUGACAAUGAGGAAGACGAUGGUGAAGAUGGUGAUGCUACUGAAGAGCAGAAUUUUGCCGGGUUUGGGUCGGGAGAUGAGGACGAACAGCAGGAUGAUGCCGAAGAGGACGAGCCCGCACCGAACGGAGAGUUGGGAGAACGUACAGAUCUACCCUCAGCAUUGGGUGUCAGUCUUCCAAGCACUGCCGCCGAGCCACAAAAGUUCUCCGAGCUCAAUCUUUCCGCGCGCACGAUGAAGGCGAUCGAGGGCAUGCCUUUCGACACCAUGACCGAGAUUCAGCGAAGAGGUAUCCCGCCACUUCUGGCUGGUAGAGAUGUGCUUGGUGCUGCGAAGACGGGAUCUGGAAAGACUCUGGCCUUUCUCAUCCCCGCCAUUGAGAUGCUGUACUCUCUCAAGUUCAAGCCUCGUAAUGGAACGGGUGUCAUCGUCGUCUCGCCCACCCGAGAGCUGGCACUGCAGAUCUUUGGCGUUGCGCGCGAGCUCAUGGAGAACCACACGCAAACCUACGGAAUUGUCAUUGGUGGUGCAAAUCGACGUGCAGAGGCGGAGAAGCUCACCAAGGGAGUCAAUUUGCUCAUCGCCACUCCCGGUCGCCUGCUCGAUCACCUACAAAACACUCAAGGCUUCGUCUUCAAGAACGUCAAGGCGCUUGUCAUUGAUGAAGCGGAUCGAAUUCUGGAAGUCGGAUUCGAAGAUGAGAUGCGUCAGAUUGUGAAGAUCUUGCCCAAGGAAGACCGCCAGACCAUGCUCUUCUCUGCCACGCAGACCACCAAAGUCGAAGACCUUGCUCGUAUCUCUCUCCGACUAGGCCCGCUCUACAUCAACGUGGACAAUGAGCAAGAACACAGCACCGUCUCCGGACUUGAACAGGGUUAUGUGAUUUGCGAAGCGGACAUGCGAUUUCGCCUGCUCUUCACCUUCCUCAAACGACACCCGAAGAAGAAGAUCAUCGUCUUCUUUUCCAGCUGCAACUGCGUCGACUAUUACUCCGAGCUCCUCAACUACAUCGACCUCCCAGUUCUUGGUCUCCACGGAAAGCAAAAACAGCAAAAGCGAACCAACACCUUUUUCGAAUUCUGCAACGCCACACAUGGAACUCUGAUUUGUACAGAUGUUGCUGCGCGAGGACUUGAUAUUCCCUCAGUGGAUUGGAUUGUGCAAUUUGAUCCUCCUGAUGACCCGAGAGAUUACAUCCACCGUGUGGGACGAACGGCGAGAGGUGCGAACGCCAAGGGCAAGAGUUUGAUGUUUUUGCAGCCGAAUGAGGUGGGUUUCCUGAACCACCUCAAGGAGGCCAAGGUUCCGCUUGUGGAGUUUGAGAUUCCGCCGACGAAGAUUUUGAGCAUUCAGAGUCAGUUGGAGAUGCUGAUUGGGAAGAACUACUAUCUCAACAAGUCUGCAAAGGAUGGCUACCGUUCAUAUCUCCAAGCGUACGCAUCGCACUCCUUGCGCUCAGUCUUCAACAUCCAUCAGCUGGAUCUCAAAAAGGUCGCAAAGGGUUUCGGGUUUGCUGUGCCGCCAAAGGUGGAUAUUAACCUCGGAGCCAGCAUGAAGAAGCCCGACAGCGCAAGGAGAGCAUAUGGCAGUCAGCCAAAACAAAAGUUUGGGCAGAAGAAUAACCCACGGCGGUGA